AUGGCUGCCACCAGCACUAGCCUCCGCCACUUCUCCUCCUCUGGUUCUGUCCAGGGCCUGUGUGCACCUGGCAGUGGCUUCUCCCGGAUGUCCUCUGUCCACAUCGGGGGAGCCUGCAGGGCCCCCAGCCUCCUGGGAGCUGGCAGCUGUGGUAGCAUGUCGGUCACCUCGUCCCGCUUCUCCGCGGGCUUGGGAGGUGGUGUUGGGGGAGGCUACACCUGCAACCUGGGCGGGGGCUUUGGUUCCAGCUUUGGGGUGUCGGACACCCUGCUGGGGGGUGGUGAGAAGGAGACUAUGCAGAACCUCAACGACCGCCUGGCCUCCUACCUGGACAAGGUGCAUGCCCUGGAGGAAGCCAACGCUGACCUGGAGGUGAAGAUCCAUGAUUGGUAUAAGAAGCAGGGCCCUGGGCCAGCCCGUGACUACAGCCACUACUUUAAGACCAUUGAGGAGCUGCGUGGAAAGAUUUUGGCGGCCACCAUUGACAAUGCCAGUGUGGUGCUGCAGAUCGACAAUGCCCGCCUGGCGGCUGAUGACUUCCGCACUAAGUAUGAGACGGAGCUGAACCUGCGCAUGAGCGUGGAGGCCGACAUCAAUGGCCUGCGCAGAGUGCUGGACGAGCUGACCCUGGCCAGGGCUGACCUGGAGAUGCAGAUCGAGAACUUGAACGAGGAACUGGCUUACCUGAGGAAGAACCAUGAGGAGGAGAUGAACUCCCUGCGGGGUCAGACUGGCGGGGAUGUCAGCGUGGAGAUGGAUGCCGCUCCUGGUGUGGACCUCAGUCGUAUCCUGAACGAGAUGCGGGAGCAGUAUGAGCAGAUGGCCGAGAAGAACCGCAAGGACGCUGAGGACUGGUUCUUCAGCAAGACUGAGGAGCUGAACCGACAGGUGGCCACAAACACGGAGGCACUGCAGAGUGGCCGAACCGAAAUCAUAGAGCUUCGCCGCUCGGUACAGAACCUGGAGAUCGAGCUGCAGUCCCAGCUAAGCAUGAAAGCCUCACUGGAGGGCAGCCUGGCAGAGACGGAGGCACGCUAUGGGGCGCAGCUGGCCCAACUGCAGGGUCUCAUCAGCAACAUCGAGCAGCAGCUGUGUGAGGUCCGCUGUGACAUGGAGCGGCAGAACCACGAGUACCAGAUCCUGCUGGAUGUGAAGACGAGGCUGGAGCAGGAGAUCGCCACCUACCGCCGCCUGCUGGAGGGCGAGGAUGCCCACCUGUCCAGCCAGUACUCCUCCCACCCUAGCCGCGAAGCCUCAGUGACUAGUCGCCAAGUGCGUACCAUUGUGGAGGAGGUCCAAGAUGGCAAAGUGGUAUCAUCUCGUGAGCAGGUGCACCGCUCCACACACUGAGCCUC